GUAAAGUUAUUCACUAUCAGAGAGGCCACUUCAGCUCAGCUACAGAUGAAAGCUGGAGUGGAGGAAGUGAGUUUGUUGUGCGCUCUUUCAAGUGGAAAAGUGUCAUCUGUUUUCUUUUAACAACCGAGGACAGUUUGGAAGGAAAAAUGAACUCUGCGUACAGAAGACUUGAUGACAGUAAUGAUUCAAACAAAAGGAGGUCGACCAGUUGUGUGACAUUAGUUGUGGUUUUGGGCUGUCUGACGGCCUUGGGGAUUGUGCUCGCCAUCGUUGUGCUGGAGAGACCAUCAACGUCUAAAGAUCAUGAUACACUUCCUGAGGAGGAUGGUUGGGGCAAUUUUUCCACAGACCAGUGCAGCAUGGUCCUCGUGGAGAGCAUCCCUCGAUAUGUGAAGUAUAAAGCCAAUGUUACGUUCGGUAUCCCUCUGGAAAAAGCCUGGAAAGAUCUGAUCUCGGUGGCAACACACCAAGUGGAUGUGGUCUCUUUCUACUGGACUCUGACUGGGGAUGACAUCAGUGUUAACUCUUCUUCUGACAAACCUGGAAGGCAGAUCCUGAAAGAUCUUGAAGAUUUGCCCUCCAGAAACGUCUCUGUGCGAUUGCUGUACAGUGUUCCAAGUGUUCGAACAAACUCCACAGAUUUAAAGAUACUGAAAGAAAAAGGUGUUCAGGUGAGGAGUGUGAACUUUGGACGUCUUACACAGGGCGUCAUGCACAGCAAGUUUUGGAUCGUUGACAGAAAACAUGUGUUUAUUGGAAGCGCAAACAUGGACUGGAGGGCUCUCACACAGGUGAAGGAACUGGGAGUGGUCAUCUACAACUGCUCCAGCCUAGCAAAGGACCUUCAUAAGAUUUUCCAGUCCUACUGGGUGAUGGGACAGUCCAACAGCUCCCUGCCCCAGCCCUGGCCUCCAGAGUAUGACACUGUCAUCAACAAAGAGCACCCCCUGGUGGUGAAAACGGAUAACGUCUCCAGCUUGGUUUACCUUGCAGCUUCACCUCCAUCAUUCUGUCCUCCAUCGAGGACUCAGGACCUGGAGGCUAUUCUCUCCAUCAUCUCGGAUGCCCAACGCUUUGUUGAUGUAGCCGUCAUGGAAUAUUUUCCCUCCAUACGCUACGAAAAGCCUCAGAGAUACUGGCCCUUCAUCGAUGAUGCCAUCAGGACAGCUGCAUUUGAGAGAAAGGUUAAGAUCCGGUUGCUGGUCAGCUGUGGGAGAGACUCUGAUCCCAGCAUGCUCCCCUUCCUUAAGUCUCUAGCCUCAAUGGACAGCCCGCAACAUGACAUAAACAUCCAAAUAAAAGUUUACAUCGUACCGGUGGGAAACCAGUCUGAUAUCCCAUAUUCCCGAGUUAACCACAAUAAAUACAUGGUGACUGAUAAAGUAGCCUAUGUCGGUACCUCCAACUGGUCAGGGGACUACUUUCUGACCACAGCUGGAGUGGGUCUGGUGAUUUCCCAGCAUGCUCCACACCCCGUAUGGAAGACCAAGGCCCUGCAGAGCCAGCUCAGGGCCGUCUUUGACAGAGACUGGAACUCUGAGUUUGCUGUGCACCUCGCUGACUUGAAACACCACCCAGACUGUGCACUAUCAUGAUAACAAAAACUCCUUUAUACAAGUUACACAUUCAUUUAUUUCACUAUCAAGGUCUUAUUCAAACAAUAGAUGUGAUUUUUUUUUUUUUUUGCACAGUGAUAGUGGAGGUGAAAGCAACUGAAAAUGUUAUUUUAGAUCAAAAACGAGUUUCACUGGAAGUUUUAACACAGCCUCUUGUUCUAAAAUAUAUUCAGUUUGUGAAAGGAAACAAGAAAAAAUCAUACUUACAUGUUACUUAAUUAACUUCAAUAAUCAUUUAGUUGAACAAAAAUGUUAAAAUUGGUGACUUUAGAUAUGGUUAGCACUCUUUGUGCAUUGUUUAAAAUGUUGCAGGUUGCUCAAUACAAAAUGUAAAAGUACAACAAUGUGAAUACAAUUUUGUUCAUUAGUUGCACAGCUACUUUAAACAAUGUGAUAUAACUGAAACCUUCCAAACCAGACUGAGACAUUUCCUUAUGUUUUGGCUCUUUUAUAUUUGAACACUGUUUGUAAGUGUUCAAUGAGGCCUCACUUUAUUUUACACUGAGCUGCGUGUAAAGUUUGCAAUGCUCCUGACGUUUGUAAGCAGUAAAGAAAUAAAAAAGCAUUUUAGAGUUUUUUUUAUAGUCACAUAGAUGAGUUUAAAACUAAUUUCAUUCAUCUUUCUGCACAAUGUAAAAUAUUUAAUUUGAUAUGUAUUAUUUGAUGAGUUUGAUGAGAAUUAAAUUUAGAUUUUUAUUUAACUAUCUUUAAAGAAGCCAAUGAAAGUAACUAUCAUGUAUUGUGUCAAAAGUAAAGUGGAACUUUAUAGAAAGAUGUAAUAAAGUGCCAAAAGAAUAUAUUACUUUAAUUUUGUUCUUAUGUCAGGAGAUGUACAUACUGCAUGUAAAGCUGUGAUGCUUAGAAAUUGUGAAAGCAUGCAUGGCUCCUGUUACUUAUAGCAGCACAAAUAAAGUGUACAAAGAGCA